UCUAUUUUCGGAAAGGUUGGCUAACCCGUCAAAUAUCAGGAGAGAGCAAUCUAAAUUUUAGAAUCUUAUCUAUAAACCUAAUCUGUGUUCUUCCAUCAAGUUGACAGCCCAAUCCCAGAUGUCAGGCAUUGCAAUAAGAACCAGUAGAUCAAUCAGAAACCUCUUAAAUCACAGCAAGAAUAGUUUGUCAAGCCUCAUAACCAGAAAUUACGGAGCAUGUCUGUCAUCACGACCUCACCUUCACAAACCCUUACGUUCACAUCGCUAUGCAAUCACAUCAACGGAACUGAAGUCACAGCGAUGGGCUUCACACAUCAAGAAUAGUAACCCGAACUUGCAGAACCUGGAAGAUGUUGCAAAGUAUAUACGAGAUGAAGCGCGUUGCAUCAUGGUCAUGGUAGGGGCGGGGAUGAGCACGCCCUCAGGGAUCCCGGAUUUCAGAUCUCCAGGGACAGGGCUCUACGACAACUUACAGAAGUUCAAUUUACCGUAUCCGGAAGCAAUCUUUGAUAUACACUAUUUCAUGAUGGAUCAAAGACCCUUCCUUACUCUUGCACAAGAUCUAUAUCCAGGACAAAAUUACAAGCCAAACAUUGCUCAUCACUUCCUUCGCCUUUUACAUGAUGAGGGGAAGCUACUGAAGGUCUAUACACAGAAUAUUGAUGGAUUAGAGAGGUUGGCUGGGGUACCAGAUGAGAAGCUUAUGGAGGCCCACGGCAGCUUUUCCACAGCCUCUUGUACUCUCUGUGGUAAAAGACAUGAUGGAGACAUGGUGAAGGAAGCUAUAGUUACUGGAAAAGGACCUGUUCUGUGUGAGUCCCAGAAGUGCAAAGGUAAAGUCAAGCCAGACAUUGUGUUCUUUGGGGAGAACCUUCCACAUACUUUCUGGAAUUACCAUGAAGAGGUCCACUUUACAGACCUCCUUCUUGUCAUUGGCACAUCUUUAGAGGUAUACCCCUUUGCUGGGAUCGCAGACGCAGUUGGCAGAUUCACCCCGAGAGUGCUGAUCAACCGUGAUGUAGUGGGGAGUUUUGGAAGCAGAAUGGGGGACGUUAUUCUGGACGGUGACCUGGUUGAGGGGAUAUGGAAUUUGGCCAAAGAAAUUGGGUGGAGCGAAAAAUUGGCGAAUCUUGAAAAGGCAUAUGAUAGGGAAAGGGAAGAAUGAAAGGGAGAGUAGAUGAUAAUUUUUUUCUUCUUCUUCUUCUUCUUCUUCUUCUUCUUCUUCUUCUUCUUCCUUUUUUUUCUUCUUCCUUUUUUUUCUUUCUUUCUCUUUUUCUUUCUCUUGGAGUGAAAAAUUUUAUCUCCAUUCUUUUCGCAUUUCUUUUUUCUCUUCCUUUUUUCUUCAUUUCUUGUACUUCUAUCCUUUUUUUUUUUUUUUUACUUUCCCCUUCUCUCUGCCAGUUUCUUAACACAUCUUUCUCUUUUCCUCUUUCCUUCCAUUUUCUCACACAUUCUAUAAUUCUUUCCCUUAACUUCCAUUUUCUAUAAUUCAUUCUCUACAUAAUGUAUUAUCUCAUUCAAGACCCAGACACCUGAGACAUGGGAAAUGUGAAAAAUUGUUUAUAGAUAUAUGUUUAUAGAUAUAUAUAUAUAUAUAUAAUUGUUUAUAGAUAUAUAGAUUUAUAUAUAUAUGUUUAUAGAUAUAUUUAUAGAUAUAUUUAGAUAAAUGUAUGGUACACAGAUAGAGAGAUAGAGAUAUACGUUCAUUUAAGUUGUAUGCGGAAUGCUGUAUCUCGAUCAGUAAAUGUGAAUGAAUGUAUUUAAUAUUGUUGAAUUUGGAAAGGUUGGACUAAUGAAAUGAUAAUUAGUAUUUAUUUUAUAUGUAAUUCAAAUUCGUGUAAUCUGGAUAUGAGUGAAAUAAACUAUAUUUUAAUCUG